AUGGCAAAUCAGGACGAACAUAAUGAAACUAGGAAUAUGAAUGCAUUUUAUGCAUCUCUUGAAUCAUCAGAGACAACUUCUCCAUCACAUCUAGUACUUUUUAGUCCUAGUGAAAGUAUCAAGAAAGCAAUUCAAAGUCUCCAAGAUUUAUUCUCUAAAGAUUUCUCUCUUUUGUUACACCCAGGGCGUUCUAUAGAGAUAAAAGAUAUACUAAAAUACCUCCUCACAUUCCCACAAAGUGAAGAAUUCUGCACGACUACAAAAAUAGAAAUAAAGAAAAUGUUACAAUGUUUUGAACGAUGGAGUUUGGAGUAUCACGAUGCAUCAGGUCUUUCAGCAAAUGCAAAAAGAGAACUAUCAAAAGCAAGUGAAGUGAUGAAUGAUCUUGAAGCUAAUGUUAAAGAGUUCCAUGAGACGAAGAAGGAGGAGACGUGUUUGUGUAAUAAAUUGGUUAUCUUGGAGGAAAGGAAGAGAAAGCUUGAAGAAGAAAUCAAAAUGGUUAAUGUUGAGAUUGAAAAAUCUAAAAGAAAAAGAGAUGAGGUUGGUAGGAGAAAAAUGGAACUGUAUGAGAAAGGAAGAGAAGUGAAAGCCAAAAGGGAUGAAUUCCUGAUAAAUAUUCCAAGGCUGAAGACUGAGCAACAAUUGGCAACAAUAACUCGAACUAAUAUUGAAGCGGAGUGGGUCAAGCUUCGACAAAAACUCACAUUGCUUGUCGCUAGUUCCUCCUUGUUGUCUUCUUCUCCUUCCAGUACCUCAACUUCCACAUCUUCUUCGCCACAACCACCAUCACAUACUUAG